AUGCCUAGGUCACCAAAUCAAGAUUACGAAAAGGACAUAGGCAUCUACGGUUUUGGUUAUAAUUACAAUAUUGACGAUUACAAGGUGUUUAAAAUCGUAGACGUGAGUGGAGAAACUACAGUGGAAGUUUACACAUUGGGGUUGGAUUCAUGGAAGAGCAUUCUAACAAUCCCUUAUCGGUUUGAUGCUAAUAGAACAGCUGGGGUUCUUGUUAAUGGAUCUCUGCAUUGGUUAGGUGAAACUGGUGAUGAAGACAUCUUCAACACUAUAAUCUCCUUGGAUAUUAGCAACGAUGGAUUUGAAGAAGUGAAACUACCCAAAGAAACUUUGGAGGAUGGGCACCUGUUUGGGAACGUGGAACUGUUGGAAGGGUGCCUUUGUGUACUUAGUUAUAUAUACAAGGUUCGUUACGAAGUAUGGGUGAUGCGGGAUUAUGGAGUUCAAGAAUCUUGGACUAAGCGUUAUGUCAUUAGCCAUGAAAGAAUUAUGGACGGAUCUUUUGUAAGUAUUAUGUGGACUUUCACCAAGAAUGAUGAGAUUCUUCUACAGGGUCAGAAUGGUUUAAUUUUAUAUGACCUCGGGCAUUCAAUUGAUAGAGUACCCGAAAUUGGUACAUUGGGGUCACCAGUGUAUUGA